CUCGCCGUAACGAUAUCGAGUUGUUAGGACUCGACUCUUACGAAAUAUACAUACAGGGGGCGGCCUUCAUAUUAUAAAAAGCAUUAGAAAAUGCCGCCAGUGAGAAGGCAGGCAAUUACCAUUGCAGAAAAAAAGGCCAUACGAAAUUUUUACAGUGGAUUUGAGAGUAAACCGGGACAAAAAGCAAUAAAAGAAUGGUUCGAAGAUAAGUUUCAAAAAAACAUCUCACAAGCUACAAUAUCGACGGUACUGUCAUCGAAAUAUGAUUACUUGGAUCAUAAUGAGAUUGUCAAUGAAGGAGCAGUUAAGUUGCGGCCAGCAAAAUAUCCAGUGUUAGAGAAUGCGUUAGCUGAAUGGCGGCUACGAAUGGAAAAACAAAAUGUGUCUGUCAGCAGUGAAUCUAUACGGCAUGCAGCGAUGGAACUUUGGAAGAAAAUACCAAUCUAUCAAAAUCAACCACCUCCUGCUUUUAGUAAUGGCUGGCUAGAAAAGUUCAAAAAGCGACAUUCCUUCCUAAGUCAAAAAGAAAUUUACACCACUACUUCUUCGCAGUUAUCACCGCAAGAAGGACCGCCUCCAAUUCAUUUUCAGCAAAUAUCCCACAAUCCUUUAGACUCUACUGAAUCCUCUCAUAUACAAAAUCCUCUCUCUCUACCCAAUCCCCCCCCUAUUCUUGAUGACGCUGGAUCUCAACCGGUCAGCGAUGUAGUACGCAUUCACGAGCUGAAAAACCGUUAUGCAGUUCGCGACAUCUACAACAUGGAUGAAAUAUCCUUCUUUUGGAAACUCACACCUAAACGCAAUAUUGGGAAAAAUAAUGUCGCAGGUGUUGAACGAAACAAAGCUUUUGUUACUGUAACGAUUUGCUGUAAUGCGGAUGGAACUGAGCGUUUACCUUUAUGGAUCAUUGGAUAUUCCAAAAACCCAAGAGCUUUCAAAAAUGCCAAAGUUCCUCCUCAUAAUCUAAACAUAAUAUGGAGACAUAAUGGUAUAGCCACCAUGAACGUCCCAAUUAUGGAAGAAUGGCUUCGAUGGUUUGAUUCUCAAAUGGAAGGUAGAAGUGUACUGUUAUUACUGGAUUCUUCUAGCGUCCAUCAGUUAAGUAUAGAAAACAUUCGAAAAUCCAAUUUUCCUCUAAAUAAUGUAUUAGUCGUUCUAUUGCCUCCGAAUAUGACAAGCAUAUCGAAUCCUUGCGAGCAAGGUAUCAACAAGACUUUUAAGGCUCAUUACCGUCGGUCUUGGAUUUACGACAUUCUUCUGAAAACGGAAAAAGACAUUAAUCCUUUGCAUUCUAUAAACAUAUUACAAGCUGUUCGCUGGAUGGUCGACAUAUGGGAUUAUCAAAUAGAACCUGCUACUAUUGCAGGAUAUUUUCGUCGCUCAGGUGUGCUGGGUCCGUUAUUAGAGGCUGAACCAGAACCUUCUGAAACUUCACGGAUAGUUUCUCAAUUGCAGCAGACUGUUUCUAGAUUUGAUCCCCAAAAAUCUGCUGACAUUGAAAAUUUUAUCGAUCCUCCUGAAGAACUAAGAGAAAACCGAGACGGGCAGUUGGUCAACCAGAUUGCAGCUCAAUUUCUUCCUGAUCGAGACUACGAAACCGACGAAGACGAAAUUAUCGAGCCAGCCGUUUCACUUAAAGACGCAUCAAAAGCAUUAGAUGUGAUUUUGAAGUUUGAACAGCAACAAGAUUUUGGUGAUCUGAAUUUUAUAAGAACACUAAAUCUGUACAAAAAGUCCCAUAAUAUAAAACUCGAACAGUCCUCAAAAAUGGAAUUCAUUAACACCCUUUUCUAAUAAUCAUUCCGUUUAGUCUUUCUUUAAUCCUAUGUUGUUCAUAUAUUCUUAAACAUACUUGUAUGACUAAUUUCUCGUCUUCGAUUUUACAAAUCUCCUAUGCAUGGAUUUCGUAUAAUGUAAAUAGAAGGGAAAGUUGAUAUGCCUAUUUUUUUUUUCAUAUCUAAAAAUCUAUAAAGUCUAAAAGUCUAAAAGGGAGUCUAAGUGUGAAUAAUUAAAUAGAUAAACAGAGCUUUCGCGUGCUUAAACAAUAAAGAGUAUACAUCAACAAAACAAAAAGAAAGAAAAAAACCAAUGAUAAAUAACAAUCCCGGAUAUCAGAAUUAAAAAUGUCUAUGCCAUCUGACUGCAUGGCGUCAAAUCUCUCUCACUUGAGACGGAUUGCAAAUAAGGCUUGUAGCUAUUUGUUCUUCGCUUAGGUUUCUGUAACAUAUAAUUGUUCACAAGAGAGGAAAUUCUAUUUACAACAGGAGCUGGAUAACGCUUACGCUUUAGCUGCUCAACAAUUUCAACAGCUUCUUCUGCGUUGUUUACGCUCAGAUAUGCACGAACCAUAUUCUCAUAGGUACUAGGUUCUUUACCCGACAUGCCAUCACAGUCCAAAAGAUCAAAAUAGUAUCUGGCUUUACUAAUCAUGCCUACUUUCGUAAAACCCUUAAUCAGAGCAUUUACAAUGUAAGCAUUCAAAGAAACACCAUAUUUUUUCAUGUCGGAAACGAUCUGAACUCUUUCAAUGAUACGAUCAUUCGCAAUUAAAGAUUCUAUUUGAGACUGGAAAAGGUUGGCAUCCAAACGAAUCUCCCCAGCUUCGUGUUUUGCAAGCGCAAUAAGAUAGCACUUGUUAGCAGCUUGAACAUCAGACAUCACAAUACCAAGUAUAUGGAUGUAGGCUGCAUAGUGCAUUGGAAGAACCUUUACACCAGUUUGCUCCAUAAGCUCUAAUAUAGCUUCAACUGAUGUUACAUCAACAGGUUCAAGCAUACCAUAUGCAUCCAUGAGCAAUUUGUAUGUAUGAGGGGAAGGCUGUAUUUCAGUUGAGCACAAUCGAUUGUAAUAGUAUAAUGCCUUCUCUCUGUUAUACAUAGUUUGUACUUCAAACUGGAUCAUGGUAUUAUAAGGUGCUACACGAGGUUGAUAGUUGGACUGGUUUUCCAUUUCACAGAACAACUUUUCGGCUAAAGCUUCAUCACCUAUUCGACAAGCAGCAUUUAUGACUGUUCCGUAAGUUACGCUAGUAGGAAGAAGUCCAAAUUCUUUCAUUUCUUGGAAAAGCUUCCAGCAUUCGGUGGUACGGCGAGCACGACCUAGUUUGGAUAAAACAGCAUUGUAAAGAAAAACAGAAGGCUUUACGUUAUGACGUUUAGUUUCCUCAAAAAUCUUCAAAGCGGUUGUAGCAUCAUCGGUAUCUCCACGUUUCGUGGAGUUGUUGAUCAGAUGUGCAAAAGUAGAUGCUCGAGGAAUAUAACCUAUGGAUUUCAUUUGGUCACAGUACAAAGUUGAACCCUUAAAGUCACGGGAAAAAGAGGAUGAUAACACCAUUGAGUCCAAUACUAAAGCCAUGAACCAAUUGGCCUUCUCGGAAGAUGAAGCACGUAUCUUUCGAUAAAACAAUUUUGCAUGUUCGAAUACGCGAUGAACAGCUCCGAAUUGCUUGUGUUUACUCAAGGCUGAAAUCAAAGAGGGAUAAGCUUCAGGGUGUAAAAAUUUGUCAUUUUCAAUUAGUUUUCCAAAUUGGAAAAACAACAAGUUGGCAUCAAUCCGUUCGGAUGCAGUACCCGAUAUCAUCUUUGACACAUUGGAAUUGACUUCAUGAUCAAUGAAGUGGAAGUGAUCAAAGAAAUAGCAAACUUGGGAAAUGUCUGCCAAAAUUUUUCGACCUUUAUUAUCGGUGGAAAACCCGAUGACGGCUUCAGAGACGAUAUUAUCACGUACGAGCUCAACCAAGCGCUCAUCAUCUCUCAAAUAAGAGAAAGAUCGAAGCAAGAUAUGAACAUUCUUGAAUGUGGCAGGAUAUUUUUUACCGGAGAAUACUCGUAAUAAAUCCUUCAAGUCACGCUUGCUAGAAAGAGAUCCUUCAGUUUGGACGACAUUAAAAGCUGCAUACUCAAGAAGAUAUCCAAAUGCCCGAGGUGAAAAUGAGUUUAGAUCCAGGGUAGACUUGUUGAUGCUCUGCACUGCUGUAUGAAGUAAAGGAGCAAUAAACUCAACCUGAGGAAAAUUAACUUGACUUUCCAAGAUAUAUAGCAAUUGAAGCAAAACCUCAGAAUCAUUUUGAAGUGACUUUGGUAAAACAUCCCAAAAACCAUUCAAGAUUGACAAUUGUA